AUGGAAUCAAGAAACCAAACACAGAUUUCAGAAUUUAUUCUCCUUGGACUCUCAGAUGAGGAGGAACUGCAAUCUUUCCUUCUUGGGCUCUUCCUGUCCAUGUACUUGAUCACCUUUAUUGGGAACCUUCUCAUCAUCUUGGCCACUAUCACUGGCUCCCAUCUGCACACUCCCAUGUACUUAUUCCUUUCCAAUCUGUCCUUUGUAGACAUCUGUUUCACCUCCACCACUGUCCCCAAGAUGUUGCUGAACCUCCACACCCACAACAAAGGCAUCACCUAUCAAGGUUGUCUCACCCAAAUAUAUUUUUUCAUCCUUUUUGCGGAGUUGGAUAUUUUUCUCCUUUCUAUAAUGGCCUAUGAUCGGUUUGUGGCCAUUUGUCACCCUCUGCAUUAUACUGUCAUCAUGAAUCCCAGACUCUGUGGCUUAUUGCUGUUGGUGUCCUGGACAUUGAGUAUCCUAGACUCUCUGCUACGUGGGUUACUGGUGUUGCGACUGUCCUUCUGUACUAAUUUGGAGAUUCCCCACUUUUUCUGUGAAAUCAAUCAGGUUAUCCAACUUGCCUGUUCUGACACCCUCCUCAAUGUUAUAGAGAUGUAUGCUGCAACUGGGGUAAUGGGUAUCAUUCCCCUCACCGGCAUCGUAUUUUCUUAUUCUCAAAUUGUUUCUUCCAUACUGAGAAUUACAUCCACAAGGGGGAAGUAUAAGGCAUUUUCUACUUGUGGCUCUCACCUCUCAGUUGUUUCCUUGUUCUAUGGUACAGGCCUUGGGGUCUACCUAAGUUCUGCCACUACCCAAAAUUCCAGAGCUAGUGCAAUAGCCUCAGUGAUGUACACCAUAGUCACACCCAUGCUGAACCCCUUUAUCUACAGCUUGAGGAACAAAGACAUCAAAGGAGCACUGAAAAGUCUUGUGCUAAAGGCCACAUCCCCAAGGAAAGUCCCUUUCAAAUGUUUGGCAUUAUAUCAGAUUUGCAUUAUGGAGGUGAAUAUAUUAUAUCAGACCACAAAAUGGGGAUGA